AUGCGUGGACUUAUUGUGCUGUCAGCGUGCUUGGUUCUGAGCAGUUUUGCCAGCCCAGUUCUUCAGCAGGUUGAAGCAGUGAAAGGAAAAGCUACUUCGGAAUUGGCCUCACUUGCAUAUGCCCUCGAUCUGUCCGCUCCGGUUUCUCUAGCAGGAUUUCAGUGCAUUCGCAACAAUCUUUACAACGUUGCCUUCAUCAGGGCCUACACUCCAGUCGGGCAAGGGCAAAUUGACGCCUAUGCAGUUGCCAACAUCCAGAAUGCGAAUGCUGCUGGAAUGGGCACUGAAGUCUACAUGACCCCUCAGCCCAAUUCGGCUAAAACUGGUGGCCAGCAAUUCGAUGAGAUGUACAACAACCUGAGAAACUCGAACAUCAAUGUCCAAUCCGUAUGGAUUCAGAAACAUUUCGCAAUGGAAAAGGUUGUUCUGCUGACGGUUCUGAUUUUGGGAUGCAUAGCCGGUCCUCUUGUUAAGCAGCAGUCGCCAUCUCGAGGGCAAAGCUCUCAAUUGUUUGGAGGCGUUCUUUUCUCAGUAAGCAUUUCACGUGGCUCACUGCUUGAUUGCGAAGAUCGAAAGUUCUUCUUACUUGAGACUAAUGAGGAAAUUCGAAGCGGCCUUGAAUAA